UUUAUUAAAACCCUAGCUGUACAAACUCCACACUCAUCUCCGCCUAGAGAUCCCCCACACUCGCUCUUAAAACGACCAAAUCCUUUGCCAUGGCGAGCUCCGACGCCGAUCGCAGAGACGAGGAAGAAUCCCACGACACCGCCACCGCCGCCGCCAACGAGGAGGAGGACACCGGAGCUCAGAUCGCCCCGAUCAUCAAGCUCGAGGAGGUCGCCGUCACCACCGGCGAGGAGGACGAGGAGGCCAUCCUCGACCUGAAAGCGAAGUUGUAUCGGUUCGAUAAGGAGGGGAACCAGUGGAAGGAGCGAGGUACGGGGAGCGUGAGGCUGUUGAAGCACAAGGAGACCGGAAAGGUUCGGCUGGUUAUGAGGCAGGCCAAGACCCUCAAGAUUUGCGCCAAUCAUUAUGUAUUUCCGACGAUUAAGAUGCAGGAGCAUGUUGGGAAUGAUAAGUCUUGUGUUUGGCACGCGCCUGAUUUCUCUGAUGGGGAGUUGAAGGAGGAGAUGUUCUGCAUUCGAUUUGGAUCUGUUGAGAAUAACAAGAAAUUUAUGGAAACUGUUGAAAGCAUUGCUGAAUCCCUUAGUAAGAGCGAAGAGAAGGAGAACACAGAUGCAACAGCUGCAGCCGGUCUGCUGGAAAAUUUAAACGUCCGUGAAGGUAAAAGCGAUGGUAAGGUCCCAGAGGCCGCGGCUGCUGCAGCUGCAGAAGAAACGCCAAGAACUGAAGCAAGGUCUGAGGAAGCAUCUUCGGCAGACAAGGCCUGAUUGAAUCGAAGUUUUCAGCAGAAUAUUGUCGGUCUGUGGCCUCACCUUCUUGCAUAUGAUGGGUUCGUAUCAGUUUCUUGGGCUUAUUCAAGGUUUGGUUAGGGUUUGCAAGCGAGGAAUAGUUUGUUGAGUCGGGUGGGAUUUUUUUCGAGUAAUGAUCGAACAAGAAUAUGGGUUCUGGUUCAAGGGAUGCAUGUAGUAUCUGGUUGGAUUUUGUCGUGUCAUCAUCAACCACCGACAAUUGUGAUGUCUUUUAUCUUUUAUGAUAUAUAUACUAUGUGAUUCUGUUGUGUUGUAUUCUUAUUACCCUAAAAGAUUGAACCUUGCGUUUCAUUCUUAUAAGAUGGUUGAGUUAUUCAA